AGUGCCCGGCUGUCGGUUAGAGGGAGAGUGCUCGCCCCGCCCCCUCGGGCCCCACUACCAGGCUCUGCGACCCAGCGCUGGGCGCCGUUUAAGACCUCCCCUACUCCCCGUCGCUGGUGCCAUGGAGGCGGCGGGAGAGGCAGAAGUCGAAAACGAGGAUGGCGACAGCAGCUGCGGGGACAUGUGCUUCAUGGACAAAGGUUUACAGAGCAUAUCACAGUUAUCUUUAGAUUCAACCCUUCAUGCCAUCAAUCUUCAUUGCAACAACAUCUCUAAGAUCAAAGCCAUUGAUCAUAUUUGGAAUUUACAACAUUUAGAUCUGUCAUCUAAUCAAAUAACUCAAAUUGAAGGGCUAAGCACUCUGACAAAGCUAUGCACUUUAAAUUUGUCCUGCAACUUGAUCACAAGAAUAGAAGGACUUGAAGCACUAAUUAAUCUGACUAGACUGAAUUUAUCAUAUAACCACAUAAAUGAUCUUAGUGGUUUGGUGCCUCUUCAUGGACUUAAGUAUAAACUGAGGUAUAUUGACCUACAUAGUAAUUGCAUAGAUAGCAUCCACCACUUGCUUCAGUGUACAGUAGGAUUGCACUUCUUGACUCAUCUUAUUUUGGAAAAGGAUGGAGAAGGAAAUCCUGUCUGUCAUGCACCAGGGUACAGAGCAAUUAUUCUCCAGACUUUGCCACAGCUUAGAGUCCUAGACUGUAAGAAUAUCUUUGGUGAACCAGUAAAUUUGACAGAAAUGAAUUCAUCACGCCUACAGAGCUUUGAAGGUCUUUUGGAUAAUUUAGUUUCCUCUGACUCUCCCCUAAAUAUAAGUGAAGAUGAGGUUGUUGAUAGCAUGCCAGUGGUAACACCACCCAUGGAUGAGUUACCUCCCUUGGAGCAGUUUACAAGUACACCAGCGGAUACUGUUUUGACGUCUUUUCUAUCUGUGUGUCCAUCUUCAGAGCCAGAGAAAACUAACACUGAAAAUGAUUUUCAAAAUGACAUGAAACUUCAGAAAUUAGAUGAUCAAAUUUUACAGCUUCUUAAUGAUACUUCUAAUUCUAUAACAGUUAAUGCUCCUGAGCAAGACCUCAGACCAAAAAGAGAUACAGAUAUAACUUCUGAAAGUGACUGUGGAAACAGAAAAGAAUGCAAUAGAAGGGUUCCUCGGCGAUCAAAAAUCCCAUAUUAUGCCAAAACAAUUCAAACUAUUAAGCACCACAAUAAAAACAGCAACCAUUUUGUAAGUUGUAAUCGUAAAAUGAAACAACCUUACCUUAAAGAAUUAUACGUAAGAUCGUCUUUAGCAAAUUGUAAUGUAUCGCGAGACUCAGAAGACCAGAAGACUGAAAUUAUUAAAGUAGACAAUAGUGGUUCUGAAGACAACACUUACCGGUGUCUUGUUGAACAGCUAGACCAAGAGAGAGAGAUGAGAUGGAAAGCUGAACAAGCUGAAAAGAAUCUCAUGGAUUAUGUUGAUAAACUGCAUAAACAAGCAAGUGAAAAAAAGGAUGUUCAUAGUCUUGCCCUGCUAACCACAGAUAGAUUAAAGGAUAUUAUUUUUAAAGAGAGACAUUCCAAGAAACAACUUGAAAUUAUGGUUCACAGACUUCAAAAUGAAAUUAAAAAGCUAAGUAUUGAAUUAAUUAAAGCAAGAGAUCAACAAGAGGAUCACAUUAGACACUUAAGAACCCUGGAAAAAGCCUUAGAAAAAAUGGAGAGGCAAAAAGGGCAGCAGCAGGCGGCACAGAUGAGACUUCUUCAAGAGGUGGAGCUCAAAGCUGCAGCUGCUGAUAGGGAAAUAAACUUACUCAGAACUUCCCUUCAUCAAGAGAAGGAACAAGUACAACAACUUCAUGAACUUCUUGCAUUGAAACACCAGGAACACAGGAAGGAACUUGAAACAAGGGAAUUCAUUAGUGAUGCUGAAUUCCAGGAUGCCUUAGCUAAAGAAAUAGCCAAGGAACAAAGAAAACAUGAGCAAGAUAUAAAAGAAUACCAAGAGAAAGUUGAUUUAUUAAACCAGCAGUAUAUGGAAUUAGAAAAUGAAUUCCGUAUUGCUUUAACUCUUGAAGCCAGGAGAUUUAAGAAUGUUAAAGAUGGUUUUGAAAAUGUUGCAACUGAGUUAGCAAAGAGCAAACAUGCUCUUAUUUGGGCUCAACGAAAAGAAAAUGAGUCUUCCUCUUUAAUUAAAGAUCUGACCUGUAUGGUGAAAGAACAAAAAACAAAACUUGCAGAAGUUUCCAAAUUGAAACAGGAAACAGCAGCAAAUUUACAGAAUCAAAUCAACACCGUUGAAAUUCUGAUUGAAGAUGACAAGCAGAAGAGUAUUCAAAUAGAACUUCUGAAGCAUGAAAAAGUCCAGCUUAUUUCUGAGCUGGCAGCCAAAGAAUCACUCAUUUAUGGUUUAAGGACAGAAAGAAAAGUAUGGGGAUAUGAACUGGCCCAACAGGGGUCAUCUCUAGCCCAAAAUCGUGGAAAAUUAGAGUCCCAAAUUGAAAGUUUAUGUAGAGAGAAUGAAUCUCUGCGAAAGGCAAAUGAAAGUGAUAGUGAUGCAUUAAGAAUAAAGAGCAAAAUUAUAGAAGAUCAAACUGAAAGCAUUAGAAAAUUAAAAUCUUGUUUACAAGAAAAAGAUGAACAAAUCAAAACAUUAAAAGAAAAGAUGACUGAAAUAGAAAAAUGUAUGCAAGGUCAACUUGAUGAAAAAUCUUCACAACUAGAUAAUAUAAUUGAGCAGUUGGAAAGGCACAAUGAAAGAAAAGAAAAACUCAAACAGCAGUUGAAAGCAAAGGAAUUAGAACUUGAAGAAAUUAGAAAAGCUUACAGUACACUUAAUCAGAAAUGGCAUGAUAAAGGAGAACUUCUGAGUCAUCUUGAAACACAAGUAAAAGAAGUAAAAGAAAAAUUUGAAAACAAGGAAAGGAAACUUAAAGCAGAAAGAGACAAAAGUAUUGAACUGCAAAAGGAUGCAAUAGAAAAGCUUCAUAGUAUGGAUGAUGCCUUUAAAAAGCAAGUUGAUGCAAUUGUUGAAGCUCAUAAAGCUGAAAUACUACAACUGGCAAGUGAAAAGCAGAAAUGCAUUGAUUCUGCAAAUUUAAAGGUUCAUCGAGUUGAGGAAGAAAUGCGUGGACUUUUGGAAGAAACGUGCAAAAACAAAAAAGCAAUGGAAGAAAAAAUUAAACAACUUGCUUUUGCUCUAAAUGAAAUUCAGCAAGAAAUGUGAUCGUUCUGAGAAUGAAUUUAAUUGAAAUGGACCAGCAGACCUAUUGUAAAAAUUAUUAAAUAUUGUAAUAGUAGUAACUGGUAUGACUUUGAAAUGUCUCUUUCUACACAUUUCAUUAUGAAUAUAUUUUUAAAGACUUUUGAUCAAGUGUUCCUUAAUUGUAUAUGUAGGUUUUGAUAAUAAACUUGAUAAUUAUGUGUAUUAGAAAAACCUAUCAUAGUAAUUAGAUUUACAACACUUCUUGUUUCUGCGUUAUACAUUGUUUGGUAAUUACACAUUUGCCUACAGAUUUGUAUGAAACAGCAUUUGAACUAUAUGAGGGAAAGUAUUUUAAUCAUUGUUGUUACUUUAU